UCCAAGAAGGAAGAAGACUUCACUCCUCUUUCUAAGCCUCCUCCUUCCUCUUUCAAGACACGAAGGAAAAGAGAGAAAGAAUCUCCAUCUCUGAUCCCGGCAUUGAUGAGAAAGGAGGCUCCUUUCCUUGAGCGGAUGCCGAAUUUCUCCUAUUUAUUUACCAUAUCGAAUUCAUGCCCAUUCACGCCCUCCUUUCUUUCCCUGAAUCUAACACCCCCUUGAGUCAUCGGGUCGUUGGCAUCGAAUGAAGCAGCCAACCACCACCACCACCACCACCACCACCACCACCGACACCUUCCGAGGUUUAAUGCCAUUGUACUUGUGAUUGUAAUUACAUGGCGGGGAGGCGCGGAGCUGCCCGCGGCUCCAUUCCGCUUUGAUCUCCACCUGCGGCCAAUUUUUAGAUCCAAGGCUCGCAGCCCCUCCGGCUCCGACUGGAUCGCUCCAUCUUCGCCGGCGUCGACCUGGGCCUCUUGGAUUCAAGGUUCCCCUGCUCGCCGCCGCUGUAGACCUCCAUCGCAUCUUGGCUGAAUUUCUGCACCUUCAACUGAAACGCUAUUCGAUUUGUUUCUCUAAAGGCAUUGUCAGCUCUUCUAUAGAGAUGGAUAUCCUGUUUCUGUUCUCCCGAAUCUUGAUUCCAUACUGCAGAAAGCAUUAAGCAUGGAUAUGAAUAAGGCGAUCCCUUCGCCAUCCGAUGGAUCCGUCACGAGCAGAGUAACUUCUUUCACUCCACUCGGGUUUGCAGAGAUUAGUGGCAACCAGGAAUUACCUGUUCCCCAAAAUCAGUUGCUGUUGAAUGGGAAAGUGUCAUUGGACCCAGUCGUUUACAAUGAUGGCAACUACCCAGCAUUGAAAUCUCAUUAUGGAUAUCCUGUUUCUAUUCUCCCGACUCUUAAUUGCUUGCCAGAGAAAACAAUAAGCAUGGGUGUGAAUAAGGCGAUGCCUUUGCCAUCUGAUGCAGCGGUAGCAACCAAGGUAAAAUCUUUCACUCCGCUCAUGUUUGCACAAUUUAGCAGCGGACAGGAAUUAAGUGUUCCCCCAAAUCAAUUCCCGCUGAGCGGAAGGUUGUCACUGAAUCCAAUCCUUUGCAAUGCUAGCAACGGCCUAGCACCAAAACCACAGUAUGGACAUCCUAUUUCACUUCUUCCGAAUCUUAAUUCCUUUCCAGAGAAAACAGUAUGCAUGGAUGCGAGAAAGGCAAUGCCUUCGCCAUCCACCCCUAUGAUUGUGGAGAAGAAAAGGUUUGUUCGAGAUUGCCUGCCUAGGGAAGUCAUUGAUUUGGUAGAUGAAAGCCCCAAUAAGGAGGAUAAGCAGGAGAAAGGGAAAUUGCAACCUCUUGUAUAUAACCAAGCAGAACCUAACAUCUCGAAGCCUGUAGCGUCAUAUUCUUCAGAGCAUUUAGUGCCAUCACAGAUGGUGUCUUUCCAACAACAAAUGGUUGACAGGGGCAUCGUGCAGGAGGAAGUUGCGACCUGGAAAUCUACAUUACAAAAGCAGAUGGAUCUAUGCUUCUCAAGGCCUACAGCGAAAUCUUCACCUUUUCUGCCUGCAGUGACAUCGGAGACAGCUUUUUCUUUAGAGCCUGCAGCAAAAUCUCCUGGUGAGCAUGAAAUGACAUUGCAAACAGUUUCCUCUCUAAAUCAAAGAGCUGGCAGGGGAGAUAUGCCAGAGAAGGAAGUUCAGAAUUGUCAGCGUCCGGUACAGAACCAGGUGGAGCUUUGUUUUUCGAAUUCUGUAGGUUCAUCUUCUUCAGAGCCCAGAGUGCCAUCUCAGGUAGCUUCAUCCCAACAAAAGCAAAGUGAAGUCAAUGCGAUUAUAUCAUCUGAGGUCGCUUCAUCGCAACAAAAGCAAAGUGAAGUCAAUGCGAUUAUAUCAUCUGAGGAAGUCCCUGCACAAGAACUGGAUGCUGAGAAACAGAGUAAGAGUGAAAAUCAGAGCAUAGACCUGAACAAGACACCGCAGCAGAAGCCUAAAAGGAAGAAGCACAGGCCCAAGGUCAUUAGAGAAGACAAGCCAGCGAGAACACCAAAGCCCAAAACUCCCAAUCCCGUAACCCCCAAGCGAGCCAAGAAAAAAGAAGAAAACCCAUCAGGUAAGAGGAAAUAUGUGCGAAAGAAGAAACUCCAAAACUCUCCGGAUAAUCCCACGGAUGCUUUAGGGGAAAUUGUUAAUCCGAACAAUGCAAGUGGGACUAAAUCUGUCAGACGGUGUUUGAACUUUGAUUCAGAAAAUUUGCAAGCAAGGAAUGGCCGCCUUGUAUCAGCAUCCACAUUAACAUGCAAUGCAGAAUCUGAAGCUCAAAAGGAAUAUGUUGCAGGCUCUAGUAUGAGAUCAAGCACAAAAUCAACUCUACAUCAUUGUCAAGGACCAGAAGUAGUGGUGGGCAACUCUCCAACAAGAAUCACAUUAGAUCUCAACAAUUCAAUGAAUCAAAUGCUGACUGAGUUCGUAAACCUGGCAGAAAACCCAGCCCCACCUCUUCAACCUUGUAGAAGAGAAAUGAUGGGGACUAAUCAAAUGCUGGAUGGCUGCAUAAGGAUGCCAGAAAAUAAGAUCAUAUCUUCUCGGCCUUCUAAAAGAGAAUUGAUACGGAAAAAUCUGAAUGAAUUGGCUCGAAAGAAUGAGUACCUGAAGAUUUCUUCCACCCCUGAGAGGUCUUCAGAAACUGGUCAGAGAAGACCUCAUUUACACAAAAUCUCAGAUGUGAUGCUGAAAAGUAAAAAAAGACAUCAUAACCUUGUUGGUGAUGCUCACUUGUCAGCAAGUAUAAAUGUCACACAUGCCAACAAUGGGAUAGACCAGGUUAGUGAAUGUCAUGAUACAUGCAGCAAUGACCCAUACUUCUCUGUGAAUUGCAAAAAAAGAAGAAUAGAGAAUGAGCAAGAUGGACAGAAUGGACUCACAUCCAGUGCUGCUUCCAUGAUAUACAAACCUCUGAAUAAUUCGAGAACAAAUCAGGUGGUGCUGAAUAAUUCUAGAGUCUUCACUUUUGCUGGUGCACAAUGGUCGAUGGCCCUUGAAAAACAGCAAGCUUCAGAGUGCAUGCUGUCAUUUGACCAAGCAGAGUCAACACCUGCAAGUGCCACUAUGGACUGCAACUAUAGGUCAGCACCUGUAAAGCAAUCUGGAUACAGUAGUCCAGACUGCACCCAUACAACAACACCUGUGAAGCAAUCUGGACAGAGUCAUGUGGAUCACAACCAGCCAUCAACUCCAGGAAAACCACUUGGAGUCUAUGGUAGUCAGCAAAGUGAGAUUUGCAAACCGCAGCCUUGCAUGGAAGACAUUGCCGCAAACACCAAUACAAGAACGAAAUCAAAAAAUCGUACAAAGAAGAAACAAGAUCAUCCCAUCAAUCCCCAAUCCUUAAAAACCAAACAUAUGCGUUUGCAAGAACAUGAGGCUGCUCUGUUAGAUCCUGGAUCUUCACCUGGACAAAAAGCUCGUCAGGCUACUGCCCUGGCUUCAGGAAAUUCAAGAGAGAGAAAGUCACUUCUCCAGACUGGUUCCAGUCUUGAUUGUCAAAGUAGCAGCAAUUUCAAUGAGUCACUUAAUGGCAGAGGUACCGUAGGAGCAAUGGUACCAUAUGGCGAUCCUUUAGAUGAUAUCAUUCAGAAGCUAAAAUGUCUAAACAUAAAUAGGUGGCAUGAUGGUGCUCCAACUCAGGCACAAAAUGCUCUGGUUCACUAUGAUGGAAGAGGUGGUGUAAUGGUUCCAUAUGAGAGCCUGCUCGAUAUUGCUAGGAAACGUCGUCCUCGGGCAAAGGUUGAUUUGGAUCCAGAGACAAAUAGGGUGUGGAAGCUUUUGAUGGGAAAGGAGGCCAGUGAUGAGGGAACGGAUAUGGAUAAAGAGAAGUGGUGGGAAGAAGAAAGGCGAGUUUUUUGUGGACGUGUAGACUCAUUCAUUGCCCGCAUGCAUCUUGUUCAAGGGGACAGACGCUUCUCUCAAUGGAAAGGAUCUGUUGUAGAUUCAGUUGUUGGUGUCUUUCUUACUCAGAAUGUUUCUGACCAUCUUUCAAGUUCUGCCUUCAUGGCCCUUGCUGCAAGAUUUCCUUUAAAGUCAAGGGAUAAUAAUCGGAGGCCUGGUGCUGAAAAAACAAACACAUCUGGAGAGCAGCAAGACAGGUGCAUGUCAGCCUCUGAAAAUGCCACAAAAUUGCAGGAAAGCAUGUUACAUAAAGAGUUAUAUGACCGAGAUUCUCUGGUGAUUAUUGGAGAAAAAGAAAUGGCUAAUAGUCACGAAUCAUAUGGAAGCAAUACUGGAGGUGUCAUAGCAGACUACUCAAAAGGCAAAUGUUUGGUUGCACAUCAACAAGAGCUAGAAGUUGGUCAUGAAUCGCCUGAUAGCAGGUCAGACACCCCAGCCACUGUAACAGGAAGUACAAGUUUAGCAGAAGUCAAAGAUAAAAGGUCGGUGGAGGACGUAGUUUCAUCCCAAAACUCUGUUGUUUCAUCUCAAUACUCUUCAGAAUACAAAGUUCCAACAGCUGAUCCGAAUGGAUCAAGCUCAUUUUCCAACUUUGAAGCAGAAGAAUUAAUAACUGGGAGUGUGUGCAAUGGUAUGGACAGUUCAACUUCAUUUACUGAGCUUCUACGGAUAGCAGAACUCGGUACUCAUGGUUAUGAAAUGAUUCCAUCAACAGAUUAUUGUGGUGCAAUGGACAGGUUUGCACAAUUGGAUGUUGACAAGAGACACACAGUAUUGAAUCCAUCUGAGAAACUUAAAGGUGCAUUGCCAUCAAUGCAGACAUCUGAUUCCUAUAUCUAUGAUGCUGAGAGUGACAUUUUGAGGGUGUCAUGUGAUCCUUUCAUUCCUUAUAAUUUUGAUAAUUCCAAAAAUUCCAGACUUGUGGGAAUGCACAAUGCCAAUGUAGCAAGGGAUGAGAGCAGAUGUCCUCAUUUCUCAACUCCUUCUGGGAAUAUGAACACAAAUAAGAUCAACUUCAUGGACAUAUUAUGUGGUCCUUUAGCAAACAAUGCAAUUGAAGAUAUAGGUCAGCAGAAGUUCACAAUAACUUCAGAAACAGUACCAUCAUUUGAUUCAUAUGCACAAAUAAGCAAACACGAUGUGCAACCAUUAACCAGCUUAGAAACAGAAGUUUAUGCCAGCAAGUGCUCUAAUAACAAUAACCCAAGGGAGAGAACCGGGGCCUCAUUAGCUAAAUCAGUUUCCCACCAAUGCUCAGAUUUGCAACAUGAGUAUACUGAGAAAUUGCAGCGAAAAGAAACAGAAGCAAACUUCCAUGUUGAAAACACUUUACAUGCAGUUAAAGUUCCAUGUCAGAAGCAGAAUUCUCAGAACCAGCAAAUUUAUCCAGACAUACAGAACAAUCAAAGGAAAGCAUUGGAGACUGUCGAGGGAGUUGAAUCAAAUUUUAAAGAUGAAAGUCAUACUUUCCAAAAGGUUUCAUCUGAAACAGCAAAUAAUGGAUUAAAAGCAAAGAAGACAAAGGUUGCAAGUGAAAAAAAGAAGACUUAUCACUGGGAUAGCUUGCGAAAAGAGGCAUAUAGCAAAGGUGCCAAUAUAGAGAGAAGCUAUGAGACAAUGGAUUCACUUGACUGGGAUGCAGUAAGGAGUGCGGAUGUAAAAGAGAUAUCUGAAACUAUUAGGGAGCGAGGAAUGAACAACAUGCUGGCGGAGCGUAUCAAGGAAUUUCUCGACCGACUGGUUAGAGAUCAUGGAAGCAUCAACCUUGAAUGGUUAAGAGAUGUUGAACCGGACAAAGCAAAGGACUACCUCCUAAGCAUAAGGGGAUUGGGACUCAAAAGUGUGGAGUGCGUUCGCCUUUUGACACUUCACCAUCUAGCUUUUCCGGUCGACACAAAUGUUGGCCGCAUAUGUGUAAGACUAGGAUGGGUACCACUUCAACCCCUGCCUGAGUCCCUUCAGUUACAUCUUUUAGAGCUGUAUCCUAUUUUGGAGACCAUUCAGAAGUACCUCUGGCCUCGUCUCUGUAAGCUUGAUCAGCGGACAUUGUAUGAGCUACAUUAUCAAAUGAUUACCUUUGGAAAGGUUUUCUGUACCAAAAGCAAGCCAAAUUGUAAUGCAUGCCCAAUGAGAGGAGAGUGCAAGCACUUUGCAAGUGCCUUUGCCAGUGCAAGGCUCGCACUUCCAGGACCAGAGGAGAAAAGUUUAAUGAGUUCGGCAAUUCCAAUUGCUUCUGAGAAUGGCCAUUUACCCUCUUGUAACUUUCCUCUACCUCAACUUGAGGGGGGCCCAUCCUCACAAGAAAGAACUGUUUUUAAUAAUUGUGAGCCCAUCAUUGAAGAACCAGCCACACCGGAAGCUGAGUGCCUAGAAACUGAAAAAAGUGCAAUUGAAGAUGCCUUUUUUGAAGAUCCUGAUGAAAUUCCUACUAUUAAGCUCAAUUUUGAAGAGUUCGCACAGAAUUUACAGAACUAUAUGCAAGUACACAAUAUGGAUAUUCAAGAUGGUGACAUGUCAAAGGCUUUAGUUGCUAUAGCUCCUGAAGCUGCUUCCAUUCCCAUGCCCAAACUUAAGAAUGUGAGCCGCCUACGAACAGAACAUCAAGUCUAUGAACUCCCAGAUUCACACCCUCUCUUGGAAGGAUUGGACAGAAGAGAGCCUGAUGAUCCUUGUUCAUAUCUUCUGGCCAUAUGGACACCAGGUGAAACUGCACAAUCUACUGAGCCACCAAAGGCAUUCUGCAACUCCCAAGAAACAGGCAAACUAUGUGACAGGAAAAUAUGCUUUGCUUGCAAUAGUAUACGGGAGGCACAAGCUCAAACAGUCAGAGGCACACUUUUGAUACCAUGUCGAACAGCAAUGAGAGGAAGUUUUCCACUCAAUGGCACCUAUUUUCAAGUUAAUGAGGUAUUUGCAGAUCAUGAUACCAGCUGUAACCCAAUUGAUGUUCCUAGGGAAUGGAUAUGGAACCUACCUAGACGAACAGUAUACUUUGGAACCUCAAUACCAACUAUAUUUAAAGGUCUAACUACUGAAGGGAUACAACAAUGCUUUUGGAGAGGAUUUGUUUGUGUGAGGGGAUUCGACCGGACAACAAGGGCACCGAAGCCUCUUUAUGCACGACUGCACUUUCCAGCAAGCAAGGCACUUAAGAACAAAAAGGCAGCAGCAGCUGCAGCAAGAGAAAAGUAGCCCAUAAAGAAACAGCCAAGAUGAUCUAAGCAGCAGGAUCAAUCACCGGAAGCAUGGAAACCGGGCAGCUUCUCUAACAUGAGGAACCUACCAAACGUCGAAAAAUGCUAGCUGGUUGGAAAAGCUGAUGUUAGUCUGUAACGUGAAUGUUUUCAUUUCAUGCUCCAAAACGGGCCAUUCUUCUCAGAAGCCAAAGAAAAAACACCAUAACAGGUGGACAGAUUAGUUGUUUCACCAUCCUUCCCAUUCAACACAGAAGACGAACGGAAAAGAAGAUCCAAAAAUUUAGAUUGUACCGUAUAGAUCAAUUUUCGAUUGCCAUUCAUGAGAUUGAUGAGAGGCCUUGCAUAAUGGUCAUCAUACAACAAUUUGUCAGUUGCGACAUUAUUUGAUUGUUUUAUGAACAGGACUUUUAACUCCUCUUGAUUUUUUAUUUGUCUUUCA